GUAAAACGUACAACUUGUCUCUUGAAAGUAUUUUACGGACGUACCACGUAGUAUGUUGUUCGUUCAAGAUAAUGUUAGAUACCUCCUGUAUUAAAGAAAGGUUGGCAUUUGAUCCUUUUUAUUGUCAAAAAAGAAAUGGAGGAAGCAAUAAACAUCUUUUACACACUGGGUCCGAGUCAAAAGGAAAUAUUGCAAUACCUUGGGAUAUUUCGUUUUUCUAUAUGAAGUAUACCAAACUUGAAAAUGAAACCUCGGCAUUUUGGACUCUUCCGCAGAAAGCAAUUCACGGACAUCAUCAAUGGUGCCGUUUUCAUUGAAAAAGCUGUAGCGGAAUCUAGCCAGUUACACGGCUACAGAUUUCUGCAUUUGCGACAUAUCAAAAAAGGGUUUGUCGUAUCCUAAGAAACCGUAACGCUACUCAGUGGACGUUUGUGCAGAAGACUUUACAACAAUCCUGAUCCUGAUUUCCCCUGGCAUGUACUUAAGCUGAAGCCCUACGGUAUUCGCAUCAAUAACGCCAUUGAUGGAUUUUUUUCGCCGCUUUGUUUGGUUAGGAGCAAACGUGACCAGUAGUGAACCGGCUGUUAUUGGGAGCUAUUUUUUCAUUGCUGUAGAGUCAAGAAGUAGAUGUCCAAAAUGAAUCCUUGCGAAUCGUGAAAACAGAGAAAACUCAAAAAUAUUUAAGGUAAUCAUGAUGAUAGGUUUGCCGAACGUCCUUUCAUAUAUUUAUCAAGCAGCCAUAAUCAGUGGAUAACAUCUUGGUUGGGCUUUUCGCCUAGACACCACGCUUAAUAUUGGAUGGACCUGUUACGUACUAUGGAGAAACAAGAAGACUUUGAUGGAGGAUUUAUUAUCCGAAACUUAAUACAGUUCUGCUUCUCUAAGCUUCUACAGGAUGACCAUGAGGUAGUUGUUGAUUUAUGGAACAGACAUAGAAUCCGUUCCAACAGAAACACUAUCACCGGCCGGGAGGACGAAAACUAUGUAUUACCUGGUACCACAUCUGUAUGGAACAGACCCUUCACUACGUCCCCUGGUGCCCGCAGUGAUUCAGGCGUGCAAAAAAUAUGUUAUCCGAAAAAGAGCUUCAGCAACCAUAAGCCCAAACUUUGACUCCCUAAGCUCUUGUCUCUUGCCUUCCGGAAUUCGGAGUAUCGCUCAAGACUGUUACCUCUGCGCCAUUAUCUACUACAGCACGCAACUCAACUGUGACUGUCCAGACCCUGUUACGUGUUCCAUGAAAAAUGUCCUCGUCCUCCGUUCCCCCCACCUAUAGAUAUAUAUAGACAAUAGUUGAUUCAAUUGACAAUAGAAUUAUAUAACUUAUAUACAUGUCAAUUCAAUAUAUUCAUUUUCACAAAGAAGAGAAAAUGAUUUUUUUACAAUUUAUUUAAAGGCAUCAAAUAUAGACAAUACAGAAAAUUUGCCUCCACUUAUAAUGUAGGAAUGGGUCCUCAUCCUGUUGUGACCCCCUCAGCCACCCCUGCUCUGAAAAUAAAAACUGCUGCUACACCAGGGACAGAGGCAGACUAGAUCAUUGUCACCUUCACAGUCACUUACACUUGUCUCUGGCUAUCUUAGUGUAGACCCAAUGUAUGAAAUUGUCAAUUAAAUAGGAAAUCAUGCCGAAGGGUUAGGAUUCACUUGCCGAUAGCCUUGAUGAUACUGGGAUCGGACGCUCUAAAUCGUAAAUGGAUUUAAAGGUCAAGUUUUUACAUGGACUACAUGAAUGGACUUAUCCUGUUCACCUGAUGAAAGUUCGUAAUAUAAUUCUUUAGCAUCAUGUUCAUCAGUCUUGAGACAUACGCUUACGGCCGUGAUCUGUGGAUGCGUGAAAGGCCUAUUUUCAAACUGCGUCAGCUUUCAGCUGACUAUGGGCCAACGCAUAAUUAAAAGACUAUCUGCUCUCAUGUAUUUUUAGCUCACCUGAGCCGAAGGCUCAUGUGAGCUUUUGCUAUGGGGUAUCGUCCGGCAUCUGUCGUCCGUUAACUUUUUUUAAUUGAGAGUGUUGAAAUUCGCAUUGAAUGAUUAGUUAGAAGGUCCUGACUAGAUAUUUGUAUUUAUUAAGUGAAAAUAAAAUUCAAGAUGGCUGCCAUGAUCGCCAUCUUUGAAA